AGUUUAUACGGUUCGCCAACGUUAGUUUCCUUUACUAAUUUUCCUGUGAUCUGAUCUUCCAAAGCCAAUAACAGAUCCAUUGAAUUGCCAUUCCGGCCGGCCGAUAAAAUGAGCUCCGAUGACGACGAUGAUCUUGAACGCGGCUUGGGUUUCCGUCUGCAUGAACACACCAACAACCCUUCUGGGCCCCAGUCCGCUCGGGCCGGCGUGUUCCGGAUACACACCGCAGUCGCCGGCUUCCGCCGCCUUGUCAACACCAUUGGAACCCCCAACGACAACCUUCAUCUCCGUCAGAGGCUGCAGAGUAGCAGGGUGCAAAUUGGGCAGUUAGUGAAGGAAACUUCAGCCAAGCUGAAGCCUGUUGGUGAUAAGCAUGAACAGAACCAGCCUGUGUUGAAGACAUACUUUCAACUUCAGCCGCCUGUGGAGGAAAUCGCCAAUAAUGCUAAGCUUGCAAAAGAUGUUCAAUCAAUUCUGAGAGACUUCCAAAAGGCUCAUCAUCAUCUACUCACAGCAGAGAAAGACACCAUUAUUUUGUCUCCCAACAAUAAUAAUAAUAUUAAUGUUGGACAAACUUCCAGCUUCAUGGAAUCUAUGAGACAGGAAGUCAUUCUCCAGCUGGAAAAUGAUGAGAUUGAUUUACAUGAUGAGUCGAUGUCCAUGUUUGAAGAAAGAGAAGAAGCUGGGAUGAAGGAAAUUGAGGAGCAGAUCAAUGAAGUAAAUGAGAUAUUCAGGGAUUUAGCAGACCAGCUGGUUCAUGAACAACAAGGAAUCGCAAUUGAGGGCAUCGUUCCAAAUACUGAGAUCUGCAACACCGCAAUCACAGCACAAGCCACUUCCCAACUAGCAAAGGCAUCAAGAAACCACACCUCUGAAUCAUCUAUGACUUGCCUGUCACUGGUGAUCUUUGGGGUUAUCCUGCUUAUUGUACUCAUACUACUUGCAGCAUAAUGAAGCAGGUUUAAAAGCACUUACUACAUUCUGCAGAAACCUGAAGGGGUUAAUUCAUCAAAUUGUCUUCACUUUCUUAUGUAAAACACCCUGAAUGUAAAGUCAUCAAUACAUGUAUAUAUGCAGCUAGCUAGCUAGAUCAUUAAGUAUUAGGGACCCUCUGCCUCAUAUAGAGCUGUGAUAUAUACAUUACAAAGCCAAAGUCCUCUCUUCUUCAGGGCAUAGGUUAUGUUGGGACAAACUCAAAUUUAUUUUUAUCUACUUUAUGUUGAAAUAUAGAGUGAAAAUUCGAACUAU